AUGCAACUACGGAAAAGAGGAAACGAGAGAUCCAGACUUGAAUCGCACAUCGGCGAUUCGGACACGGUUAUUGACUUGGAUGACUCUUCAGUAAACGACACGCUUCCGGAUGAAGACAACAUCGCUAAACCAAGAAAAGCGUCAACGCACAGAAGACCAUCACUUCGAAAAAUCCACAGCGCUGAGACUGUCCGUCGUUUCUAUGAGUCAAAGAAUGUAAUUUUUAUUUUUGGAGCCUUCAUAGGAAUCGCUGUUGCUUUGUACUUUGGAGCUACCAGUUCUGAGUACCCUAUUCCAGACAUAGAUCAACUGGUCAACUUUGACUCUCUUUCCACCUAUUUUGACGAUUGGAAGGAUGUCUUACCAAAGUCCCUUCAAAGUAUUGUUGAGAGUACUCAGUUCAAUCAGAAUUCUAAGAUAUUGAGCUCUGAAUCAUUUGCAGUAGGUAAGCAAUUGAAGAGUAAGUCAAUGAUUGAAGCUAAUCAUUCCAUUGUUCUUGUUCCUGGUGUGAUCAGCACCGGGCUGGAAAGUUGGGGCUUGGAAGGAACUCCUGACUGCCCCUCCGAAGGUCAUUUUAGAAAACGUCUAUGGGGAUCAUUUUACAUGUUGCGGACAAUGUUUUUGGAUAAGGCGUGUUGGCUGAAACAUAUUAUGCUAGAUACAACAACGGGAUUAGACCCUCCAGGAAUAAGCCUCAGAGCAGCUCAGGGGUUUGAAGCUGCUGAUUUCUUUAUAGCAGGUUACUGGAUUUGGAAUAAAAUCCUUCAGAACUUGGCAGUUAUUGGAUAUAAUCCAAACAACAUGGUGAGCGCUGCUUAUGAUUGGAGACUUGCUUUUCUGGAUUUAGAAUUACGGGAUGCAUACUUUUCAAAAUUAAAAGGUUUCGUUGAACUUCAAAAGCAUCAGAGUGGGAAAAAAUCGGUUUUGGUAGGUCAUUCAAUGGGGUCACAAGUGAUUUACUAUUUUAUGAAGUGGGUUGAAGCUGACGGAUACGGAAACGGAGGCCCUAACUGGGUGAAUGAUCAUGUAGAUUCUUUUGUGGACAUAUCCGGCUGUAUGCUGGGUACUCCUAAGGCUAUACCUGCUCUUUUAUCCGGAGAAAUGAAGGAUACAGUUCAAUUAAACGCCCUCGCCGUGGAGGGCUUAGAAAAGUUUCUGUCUAGAAGAGAACGUGCUGAUAUGAUCCGUUCUUUUGGUGGAAUAGCCAGCAUGAUUCCCAAAGGCGGAGAUCUAAUCUGGGGAAAUCUCGAGAGUUCUCCUGAUGACGCCACGUCAAUUGGAGAUUUGGGAAACGACACUUAUGGUAAUUUCAUUAGGUUCAAGGAGCCGGUGGGGAAGUACUCCCAAAAGAACUUAACGGUGACUGAUAGUAUUCAGUUUUUGAUGGAGCAGACUCCCGCCUGGUUCCAAGACAGGAUGUUGAGGGCUUACUCUUAUGGGUUCACCAAUUCUGCUAAGCAGCUGAAAAAAAAUAAUAAAGAUCAUACAAAAUGGUCCAAUCCCCUUGAGGCAUCACUUCCAAAUGCACCUGAUCUGAAAGUGUUUUGCUUUUAUGGGUUUGGAAAUCCUACAGAAAGAGCUUACUACUACCGAGAAGAAGUUGAUCCGGCUAAGACCAAAUUGAACGUCACUAUUGAAAAGAACUAUGAUUCGGUUCUUAUGGCAGAUGGUGACGGUACGGUCAGUCUAAUGACUCACUCAAUGUGCCACAUAUGGAAGCAAGCUAAUAGUGUUUACAACCCAGGAAAUAGCAAGGUCAAGAUUGUUGAGAUUGAUCAUGAACCUGAUCGGUUUGACAUUCGAGGAGGUGCCAAAACUGCUGAACAUGUAGACAUUCUGGGAUCUGCAGAGUUAAACGAGCUAGUGUUACUGGUGGCCGCUGGAAAGGGAGACCAAAUUAAGGAAAAGAUUGUUAGUAAUCUGAAGGAAAUAGUUGAUAAUCUUGAACUAGAUCUUUAA